CUAUGAAAUAACAUGAUUUGAACUAGUUAAAAUUUAUUAACUAAACAAUAUCGACACCUAAAAAUUAUAAAAUAAGAUUAAUAAAUGUUGAAUAUUUGAUUAUUUUGUUAUUGCUACAUCAAUCACAUGUACCAUGCACAACAUACAAAAUGAAUGUAUCAAAUACGAUCUAAGAAUUUAGUAAACAAGCCUAGCUCUAACUCAACUCGACUCGGCUCGUUAAUAAAUGGCUCGGGCUCGAGCUCAGCUCAUUUGUUAACGAGUCAAGCUCAAGCUGGGGUAAAACUGGGCUCAGCUCGGGUAAUUUGCAACCCUACUUGACCAUAAGAAUGUCCAAUACGGUUUUAAAAAAAAAAGUUACAUUCAUCACCAAAGCCUUGCAUAAAAAUAUAAGUACAACCACUUUGAAAUAGAGACAUCAAGAAAUCAACAUGGAAUUGGCUAAGCCGCUAAUAUUAAUUGGGAUUGGAAAUCACUUCUUCUAGUAAUCAUGAACAUAGUACCUGGAUACAGAAAGACGUAGCAGCAACUAGGGAUGGCAAUGGGUCGGGUUGGAUCGGGUUUUGCCAAACCCAAACCCAUAGGUUUAUCCGUGAAAAAUACCCGGGGUAAAACUCACUGGGUUUGAAAAACUCAAACCCAACCCAAUCCGUUGGGUAUCCGCGGGUUCAUGGGUACCCACGUGUUUUUGUCGUAAAAAAUUUACAAUAACAAGUUCCUAUUAAAAUUAAAGUCAAAUAUCAAUCUCUCAAUACAAAAUAUCCAUAUAUAAAACAUCAUUCUAGAAAAUUCAAGCAAAUCACAAAUUAACUAUACAAAUUGUUCAACACCAAUCUAGAAACCUCAAGAAAAUUGAAGCAAAUCACAAAUUAUCCAUAAAUAAUAUGAUUAAUUGAAACCUUCUUCCUUUCAAUUAAGUUUCUUCUCUCCACUCGAUAACAUCAACUUCAUUCUACACAAUUAAAAAGAAAAAAUUAGACAUGUCUCCACAAAUAUAAAUAAGAUUAGUUGUUUAGAAUAUUAAAUAUAUCGAGAAAAUUAAUUAUAUAGGUGUGGGCGGGUACCCAUGGGUCGGGUUUACCUAAACCCAAACCCAACCCGGUGAAUAGUGAACGGGUUUAAACCCAAAACCGGUCAACACGAAUUUUACCCACGUUGACCGAGUUGGGUCGGGUGGGUACCCGUGGGUUCGGGCUUUGUUGCCAUCCCUAGAAGCAACCUCUUGCUGGCUUUGAUGGUGAGCAGAAAAAACCCCUUUUCUUCAACUUGACAAAAACCAGUUUCAUAAAGCUCUCUCGCCGCUGACCUUCAACUUCCAAGUCACCAAUAAGAAGAAGCAAAGGGGUCUUUGCACAGUCCAUUUUACAAGGUACGUCUGCUUCUUCUACCCCAAAGAUUCCUGCAAGGGAACAAUUCAUGUUAAUACAAUAUUGCCGCCCUGUUUCUCCAGCCUCUACCCUGUCUGGCUGCUGCCAUUUUCUUUCCUAGAAAAACAUUUCUUAGCACCAGGAGAAAGUGGCUCAAGUGCUGAAAGCUAUCCGCAUCCAGCCAUGUUCCUCUUUUGGAAUACCAUGUGAGAUUGCUUUGCAAACACAGCAUUCCCAGAUUCCUGAAGUUAUAAAAGGGGAGUUAACUGGAGACCAAAGACAUAACACAAAAACACAAAUAUCCUUCUUGGAUACACCAAAACCGAAUACUAGAAGGAGUUCCCACAAAAUGGCUCAUCACCUUAUGAAACAUCUGGUUCUUCCGCUUCUCUUGAUCGUGUCACUGAGUGUCAUCGUCUCCCAGGCGAGCAACUCGCCAUGCAAAGGCAAGCUGAGCCUCUGCAAGAACAUGGAAGCUGCCUGUGAGAAGUCGUGCCCUGGCCAGACCUGCACCAUUGAGUGCAGCUCUUGCCAGCCCAUCUGCACCGGCGGCUCGGGCCGUUCACUUCUGGACGACGGCAAGGGCGACAAAGAAGGGGAUGAUAAAGAUAAAGACGGUGGAGAAGACAAAAAUGACAAGGGAGAGAAGGGUGGUGAUGAUAAAGAAGGUGGUGAUGAGAAGAAAGGUAAAGGAGAAGAUGAUAAGGAAGGUGGCAAAGGAGAGAAGGGUGGAGAUGACAAAGGCAAAGGAGAUGAUGAUAAGGAAGGUGGUAAAGGAGAGAAAAAAGACAAGGGAGAGAAGGGUGGUGAUGAUAAAGAAGGUGAUGAUGAGAAGAAAGGUAAAGGAGAAGAUGAUAAGGAAGGUGGCAAAGGAGAGAAGGGUGGAGAUGACAAAGGCAUAGGAGAUGAUGAUAAGGAAGGUGGUAAAGGAGAGAAGGAUGGAGAUGACAAAGGCAAAGGCAAAGGAGAUGAUGAUAAGGAAGGUGGCAAAGGAGAAAAGGGAGAUGAGGACAGCAAAGGAGGAAAGGGUGAUAACCAUGAUAGCGAAGGUGAUCAUCAAAGCCCAUCAUCAUCACCAACACUGGUUCCUGCAGCACCAAUUCCCACUCCUACACCGCCACCUACUCCAACUGGAACACCACCGGCUUCUCCUCCCACUCCUUCAGCUCCAUAUCCACCCAAAGGCAAUGUGCCAAAGAAAUCAAGGUGCAUGAACAAGAACUACAAUGCCUGCUACUACAGAGAGUUCCUCUGCCCCAGCAAUUGCCCCUAUGACUGCGUGGUUGAUUGUGUCACUUGCAGGCCUGUCUGCAGCUGCGACAAACCAGGAGCAGUAUGCCAGGACCCACGUUUCAUCGGCGGGGACGGGAUCACCUUCUACUUCCACGGCAAGAAGGACCGCGAUUUCUGCCUGGUCUCCGACGAAAACCUCCACAUCAACGCCCAUUUCAUCGGCAAGAGGAACCCCAAGAUGACCCGCGACUUCACCUGGGUCCAAUCCAUCGCCAUCUUCUUCGACAGCCACCGAAUCACCGUCGGAGCCCUGAAAACCACGACCUGGGACGAUUCCGUCGACCGCCUCUUCGUCACCUUCGACGGCGAGCCCUUACUCCUCCCGGAGAGACAAGGCGCCAGCUGGGAAUCCGGAGCCACCGCCACUUCCAGAACGUCCGUGACCCGGUCCGCCGACGCCAACAGCGUGGUGGUCGAGGUGGAAGGGAAGCUCAGAAUCGCGGCCAGGGUAGUGCCGAUUACGCAGGAGGAUUCGAGAAUCCACAACUACGGCGUGACUUCCAGCGAUUGCCUGGCGCAUCUGGAUCUAGGGUUUCGAUUCGACUCGCUGAGCGGCGAUGUGAAUGGGGUUUUGGGCCAAACGUACCGGGCCGGGUAUGUGAGCCCGGUGAGCGUCAGCGCCAAGAUGGCUGUGAUGGGCGGGGAGAGGAUGUUUGAGACUUCGAGCCUUUACGCGCCCGACUGCAAGGCGGCGAGGUUUGUUGGGUCCGGCGGCGGCGGCAGCGGCGCGACGGAGAGGGUUUUCUUGCCGAGCUUGAAGUGCGAGAGCGGGAUUGAAGGGCGUGGAGUCGUUUGCAAGAGAUAAAGGAGCGGCGUCGUUUGGAUAAUUUAAUUUAACUAAAUGCAUAAUAUAUUUUACUAUUAUGAGGCAAUAAUGCCUAAUGAUUAAUUACUAAAUAUGAUGAUUAAUCAUAUGUAUACGUAAGACGAAACUAAAUAAUAAAGGUUGUAUUAUCAGCCGUUUACAUUUAUAUUAUUGAAUUAUCGAUAAGAGCUUUAUUUGUUCAUUUGGUUUAGUCUUUGUAAUUUUUGCCAUAAUAAUGCUUUACCAAAUUAAAAAGUACCUAACUGGCUAACUUGGUAAACCGAAAAAAGCAUUAUACUUUGU